AAGUAGCCUGAUUUAGGGGGUGUUGUGUCAAAAAUUGUUUUGCAGUCAAAAACUAGCUGAGCUGGAAGCACCAGCAGGCCUGUGACAGCGUGUGACCAGUUCUCCACCAUGGGCCUCCACUAAGCCCACCCAUCAGUUUCACCGUCUCGUCGUCUCCCCCAGCAGCACAGCACGGCCUUUUCGUUCACACUCUGCGCCCUCCGGUGUUCCCACACGCCGCCAUCGAACACUGCGCCGGCCCAUUUCCCCCAACACGGCAACACCACACCCACACUAUCGCCGGCGGCGCUCCAUUCCCCCCAGAUCUUGUCGCCGGCGGUUCCGUUUCUACUCCGAUUCCGAGUAGCUGAUCCACACAAAGCCGCAAAUUGUCGAGCCUAGUCCGAAUAGGUUUCGAUGUCGAUCCCGACGGCGCUAUUUAAGCGCCGCUGCGGCCGCGGCCGUGAGCCAGGCGCAUCUGCUCGCUACGCGGUUCGUCGCGCAGGUGGAGGUACCUCUCUCAUGGUGAGGAGAGGUAGGCCGGGUCGGUUCCUGCCCCAGCGCCGUCCGUUGGCGGCCUGUAGCUCUCUCAUGGCAAGGAGAUGUGGCAGGAGUGGGGCGGGUCAAAUCCUGCUCCGGCGCCGCCGUGAGGACCGGAUAAGCGCCCUCCCCGACGACCUCCUUCUCCUCAUCCUGCGCCGUCUCGACACCCGCUCGGCGCUUGGCGCCGGCUCGCUCUCCAAGCGCUGGGCGCACCUCCCCCGCGAGCUCGAUGCCCUCGAUCUGAGGGCCAGCGACAUGCUCCCGCCGCGGUACCACCGAUGGGUUGACCUCUACAAGGACAACCGCGCCUUUCUGCACUGCUUCCGCGCGAUGAAUCUGGAGCUGCUGGCUAACAUCAGGAGGUACGAGCGCCGUGCCAUGCGCGCCUUCAUCAGCUCCACGGAGCGCUUCUUGGAAGGGCCUCGCCGGAGGGUCAAGACGCUGAGCCUCGAGUUCUUCAUCACCGGCAACGCCGGCCGCAUGGACCGGCUCGUCGCGGAGGCCAUCGAUGCUUGGGGCGUCGAGGACCUUGAGGCCGUGGCUAAGCGAAUUUUCGGAAGUCGAGGACCAGGAGUCGACGACUUUCCUAUCCAUACCUUUCCUAGCCAUGGCCUGUGCAAGGAGCCCCGCGCGUCACGCCUGCGGAGCCUUAAGCUCAGUGGCUGCGUGCCUCCACCCCUGCACGAGUACAACGCGCUCAACAGGCUCGUCCUGCAAGGCCUACCGGCACCGACGCCUGUGGCGGCCUAUGAGGACAUCUUCACCUUGUGCCCCCAGUUGCAGACGCUGCACCUCAUCUCCUGCGGCUGCAGCACCCGCAAGGGCAUAUCCUUGAUUGUGACCGUGGACGCCCCCAGAUCACAAAUCAGAGAGCUCGUGGUGGAGAAUUGCACAUUCCGAAAGCUAUCGCUGAGGGCUCUUCCCUGUCUCGAGAGCCUUGUGUCGCUUCAAAGUUGGGUGAUCUUCGAGUCUAGCUCAUUUCCUUGCCUCAGCCAACGGAACCUUGCCGUGUGCCUCGGCUUGGAAGAAAUAGACUGGCGUUUGGACUUGGAGCUCGACAUGUUUCUCGAUUGCACCCCGGGCAUAAGGAACCUCAUUAUCCGCUUCACUGGGCCUUACAGAUGGAUUGUGCCGUCGAGCCCCCCGUCUGAAUUCUUGCCAAACCUGAGGCGGCUGCUGGUCGCGGAUGUGCCUUCGUCCUGGGAUGUCACAUGGCCUCGUCUGCUCCUCGAGAUGGCACCUUCCCUCGAGAUCCUUCACAUACACAUUGUGCAUGCCGUUAGCAAGAAGCCUGGUGAAGAGAUACCCUGGACGCCCACAGAGCUUCGGCAGCAUCACCUGAAGGAGUUUGUGGUGGUUGGUUUCAAGGGGACGGCGAGGCAGAUUUGCCUUGUCAAGUUUGUGGUGGGAGUAUGCACGGCGUUGUGCCAUCUCGCCAUGUUCAAGAAUGGGCAUGUUCGGUACAGGGGGCAUUGGGACUGGGAGAUGGUGACGCAGGAACAAUCUUGGAGCGACGAGGAGAAGGGCACCACGCUCAAGCAGAUUAUGGACAUGGUUUCUUCAACUUCUCCAGUUCAAUUAGUUUUGGGUUAAAUAAAUGUAAUUUUCUAUUUUGCAGGCAUCCUUUAGUGUUCCAAGCCUCUGUUAUAUUCGAUGUAAGGCCCCUGUAAUCUGUCACAAGUUGUAUGCCUGUCGGUGGUUGUUUUUUUUGUACGACUGGUAAAGUGUCGCACAUCCUCCUGAAUUCCUGAUGCACAUAGAUAGUUAGGUUAACUUGUCCGAUGCUAACAUACUUGUCGUGUAGUUAACAAAACAUUGCAAUUGUUGGCUCUCCUGUAUUUUUACAGGGCACAUUUUCUUUUCUGUUACUA